CAAAAAAGAUAAUUACCUCUCUACUCUAUAAGAGUGACCAUAAUUAAAAAGAUAGCCAUUGAGUUUGAUGAUAAUGUCUGGCACAGAAGAAAUGUCAAAUGUCAAAAACACUAUCCCGGUUAACGUUAAUGGUUCGUCGCCGACCAUUGUGAGAGCUUCCAUCGUCCAAGCCUCCACCGUGUAUAACGAUACUCCGGCCACUCUAGAAAAGGCGGAGAAGUAUAUUGCGGAGGCGGCCAGCGACGGAGCAGAGCUGGUUCUGUUCCCGGAAGCGUUUAUCGGUGGUUAUCCACGCGGGUUUAGGUUCGGUAUGGGUGUUGGUGUUUUCAGCGAAGAUGGUCGUGAUGAGUUUCGCAAGUAUCAUGCUUCUGCUAUUCAUGUUCCUGGUCCUGAGGUAGACCGUCUAGCAGAUAUGGCGAGGAAACACAGUGUUUACUUGGUAAUGGGGGCAAUAGAGAAAGAUGGCUAUACAUGCUAUUGCACAGCCCUUUUCUUCAAUCCUCAAGGACAGUUCUUGGGUAAACACCGUAAACUUAUGCCAACAACUUUGGAGCGUUGCAUUUGGGGCUAUGGUGAUGGAUCAACUAUCCCGGUUUACGAUACUCCCAUUGGCAAACUUGGUGCUGCUAUUUGCUGGGAAAAUCGGAUGCCUCUUUUCAGAACCUCAUUGUACGCUAAAGGCGUUGAGGUUUAUUGUGCACCUACGGCUGAUGAUUCCAAGGAAUGGCAGUCGUCAAUGAUGCACAUUGCACUCGAGGGUGGAUGUUUUGUGUUGUCAGCUUGCCAACUCUGCCGGCGUAAAGAUUUCCCUGAUCAUUCUGACUUCUUGUUUCCGGACUUAGACGACAAGAACACCAAAAACGACGAUGACACUAUUGUCUCCAAAGGUGGCAGUGUCAUUAUUUCCCCAUUGGGAAAGGUUCUUGCUGGACCAAACUUUGAAGACGAAUGUCUUGUCACAGCUGAUCUCGAUCUUGGUGAUGUAGCAAGAGCCAAGUUAUACUUUGAUGUGGUGGGACAUUACUCAAAGCCGGAUGUUUUCAACUUGACCGUGAAUGAGCAUCCAAGGAAACCGGUUACAUUUGUGUCCAAGGUGGAGAAACCGGAGAAUGACUCCGAGACAAAAUAAAGAGUUGUGUUUGGUCAGCUUAUCCUAUCCAGAACUUCUUAAAGUUAAUGUGAGUCGUGUGUUUGAGUCUGCAAGUUUGAAACUUUCUUAUUGAGUUCCGAAACUUUGGUAGAGUUUGGUUUUCAUUCUUCUGUUCAAUAAUGUACCAAAUGAAUUUGGUAAAGGUCUAUGUUGGUUAAUAUAAACCAAUGAGAUCUCUUCUCUUAUAUUUUUCAUAUUGUGCAAUCUAUUUCAAGUUGAAGUACCUUUAUGUUUGAUCCAAUUUGAGUGUUGAAUACAAUUAUGUGUCACUGAUUUGAAAAAA